UGGCGGGAAGAGCGAGGCCAAGCCACCGCCAUGUUGCCAUGGCUGCCAGCAGGGCUGCUGCACCCUCUUUCCUCCUCCCUAGGGUUUAGGGUAGAGGGAAGGCUUGUCAUGGCUUUCUGCUCUGACUGAAGAAUCCUUGCUGUUUGUUGUGUCUCAGUUGUGAUUCAGUAAGGAUAUCUUGACCAGUUGUCUGCCUGGAGCGGAGCAGAGAAGGUACAAAUGGAACUUCUGUGUGGUAUAGGUUUCAGUUUAGUAGCCGUGGAGUCUGAAAUUGUAUGGCCCUGAGUCCACAAAGUAGGCUUGUGCCUAUCUUGCAGCAUAUAUUUUUUAUUUAUUUAUUUAUUUCAACAAAUGCUUUUAGCUCUCAGGGUUAAAGACCUGUGUAAGUAUUUCAACAAAGACAAUGUAGGUUUUCUUAUGCUGCUAGUAUAGAGUCUGUGAAGGCAUCACCUGUGUAUCUGACAAUCAUUUCCCAUUCUCAUUUAAUAUUUGGAUUUUCUGAUGCGCUUCUAAUGAAGAUAGCGGCCAUGCCAUUUUUGGUCUCUUCACCUAAGGACCUAAAGUCUAUUUGCUCUCAUCAAAUUCAAAAGCGAGUCUGUCACAGAGUUCAGUAGCUACAGGUUUGGCCCUGUUUUUCCCCAUCAUUUUUUCUUUUUGUUUUCCCCCAAAUGCUUUCUUUAAAGGGUAAAACCUAUGGAAGAUGCAGGAUCAAACAGAAUUAAUGAAUUUCUCAAGCUCAUUUUCCAAACUAGAUUUUUUUUCUUUCCUAUUUCCUGACACAGUCUCAGCCUUUAUUCAGUACUGUGGAAGUACAGCUGUAUGGUGGAGUAUAAUUCAAAAAAAUGUGUAUGCCUGUGAUUUAAAAUAAUAAAAACUCCUUAAUUAUAUUUAAUUGUGCCUUAUCAAUAGCCUGAUAAACUUAGGUGUUUGCUGUUAGCAUUGAUUAUGAUGCUCUGUAGCAGGCAGAAGCAGUAACUGCUGCUGAUGGAAAAGAAAAGAUAGUGGAAGGAGGAGGGGAGAAGGAGCUGAGAGACGAGAGAUUGGCUGCUUUUAAUGUCAGUCAGAGCUGCGGGCCCCGGCUCUUCCGCUGCUCUAGCUCUGGCUCUCCCUUGAACAGCUCCUAGAGAGAACAAGGCGUGUGGAGCUCAGAUCACCAGCAUCAUGCUCCUUGGGCUUGGAUCAUAGAUCCCCCUCUUUGAACGGUAAAAUAACUCCUUCGUCCAUCAGCGUCCCAGACAGACCCUGCGAGAGAACGCACACGUGAGAGAGAAAGAAAAGAAAGAGGAGGAAGAGAAAAAUCUGCGACCAAGUGGACUAAAGCAAAGAGAGUGCUUUGCUUGCACAGCUGCAAAGUGGGAAUUUAAAGAACUGCAGAGAGAGAAAUUCCAGCUCAUCAGCACAUACACAUUGCAGAAUUACAGAUCCAGGUAGAAAUGACAUCAACAGGGAAAGAAGGCAGCGGAGCUCAACAUGCACAAUAUGUUGGACCCUAUCGUUUGGAGAAAACCCUAGGAAAAGGACAGACAGGGCUUGUGAAGUUGGGGGUUCACUGUGUCACAUGUCAGAAGGUCGCGAUAAAAAUUGUCAACAGAGAGAAGCUCAGCGAGUCGGUGCUAAUGAAGGUGGAGCGGGAAAUAGCCAUCCUGAAGUUGAUAGAACAUCCCCACGUUUUAAAGCUGCAUGAUGUUUACGAAAAUAAAAAAUAUUUGUAUUUGGUGCUAGAACACGUGUCAGGUGGGGAGCUCUUUGACUAUCUUGUAAAAAAGGGAAGAUUGACACCAAAAGAAGCCAGGAAGUUCUUCCGACAAAUCAUCUCUGCUUUAGACUUCUGCCAUAGUCAUUCAAUAUGCCACAGGGACUUAAAACCAGAAAACCUACUGCUGGAUGAAAAGAACAACAUCCGGAUAGCAGACUUCGGAAUGGCAUCGCUGCAGGUUGGGGACAGCUUGUUAGAAACCAGUUGUGGAUCACCACAUUAUGCCUGCCCUGAAGUUAUCCGGGGAGAAAAAUACGAUGGAAGGAAAGCAGACGUCUGGAGCUGUGGAGUCAUUUUAUUUGCGUUGCUAGUGGGUGCCCUGCCGUUCGAUGACGACAACUUGAGGCAGCUGUUGGAGAAGGUGAAACGUGGAGUGUUCCACAUGCCACAUUUUAUCCCCCCGGACUGUCAAAACCUCUUGCGGGGGAUGAUUGAAGUGGAUGCCUCGAAACGUCUCACGCUAGAACAUAUUCAGAAACACAUAUGGUAUAUAGGUGGUAAGAAUGAGCCAGAACCGGAGCAACCAAUCCCUCGAAAGGUGCAGAUUCGUUCUCUCCCUUCCUUGGAGGAUAUCGAUCCAGACGUGUUAGAUAGCAUGCACUCAUUAGGCUGCUUCCGUGACCGAAAUAAACUCUUACAGGACUUGUUGUCAGAAGAAGAAAACCAAGAGAAAAUGAUUUAUUUUCUUCUGCUUGACCGGAAGGAGAGGUAUCCCAGUCAUGAAGAUGAGGAUCUUCCCCCUAGAAAUGAAAUAGAUCCCCCCCGGAAGCGUGUGGACUCCCCAAUGCUGAACAGGCAUGGGAAGCGGCGGCCAGAAAGGAAGUCGAUGGAGGUUCUCAGCGUGACAGAUGGCGGCUCCCCAGUCCCUGCUCGCAGAGCUAUUGAAAUGGCACAACAUGGACAGAGUAAAACAAUGUUCAGUAAAAGCCUGGAUAUCUCUGAAGCCAAUCCCAAAUUCAACAAAGAAGAAAGGUCUCGGUCAAUCAGCGGAGCAUCGUCUGGCCUCUCCACCAGUCCCCUCAGCAGUCCAAGGCCUAUCAGAAAGUUCUUCAUCCCCCCUCAGACCUCCGACCUCCCUUUCUCUCCCCGACCCCAAGUCUCCUUGGACCCUGAUGCUUGUAGGAACGCCUCCAGGCCUGGACAUGUACUCCAACCAAAGCCAGCACUUCAGCCCAACCCAAAGACGCAGACUUUGCCAUCCAAGAGCAAAUUGGCCGAAAAACCACUCCAGUCUACUAAAUCCAACCCACUCCCUUCCAGCAAUGCCAGCACCCCCUCUUCCCAGAACACUCCUGUGCAGAAUGCUCAGGGCCGCACGCCUGCUGCCGGCUUUAACCCACAGCUGGCUGUUCCUAAAUUGCAGACCAACCCUAUGUCUCCUGUUAGGUUACUCCCUUCUAGUACUGACCCAAGCACCAAAUCUAUCCCCAUCAUACAGGUCACCCCUCACCCCUCUCCAAGGGGAAGUCCCCUCCCUACCCCCAAGGGGACACCUGUCCAUACGCCAAAGGAGAGCCCAGCAGGCACACCCAACCCAACACCACCAUCCAGCCCCAGCAUUGGAGGAAUGCCAUGGAGGACACGGCUCAACUCAAUCAAGAAUAGUUUCCUGGGGUCUCCUCGCUUCCAUCGCCGGAAAUUGCAAGUACCUACACCAGAGGAGAUGUCCAAUUUAACCCCGGAAUCAUCCCCAGAGCUUGCCAAAAAAUCCUGGUUUGGUAACUUCAUCAACCUGGAGAAAGAAGAACAGAUUUUUGUGGUCAUUAAGGACAAACCACUAAGCUCCAUUAAGGCUGAUAUUGUCCACGCUUUCCUCUCGAUUCCAAGCCUCAGUCACAGUGUCAUCUCACAGACAAGUUUCCGUGCAGAAUACAAGUCCACAGGAGGUCCUGCUGUCUUCCAGAAGCCAGUGAAGUUCCAGGUGGACAUAACGUACACAGAAGGGGGAGAGGCGCAGAAGGAGAAUGGGAUUUAUUCUGUCACUUUCACACUCUUAUCAGGUCCAAGCCGUCGUUUUAAGAGGGUAGUAGAAACCAUUCAGGCACAGUUGUUAAGCACACAUGACCAGCCUUCAGUGCAGCAGUUAUCAGGAAUUAUCCCGAAAAGUUAACAUGUCAGCCACGGCUUCACCUUCUGUGCUCUGCGGACACUUGUUGACGGAAGGCAACCGAUGUAGACUGUCCAAGGACCAGUCCUGUUUGAGGUUCCCAGCCUCCCCUCUCCCUUCGGGAAGUGGGUUUCUCCCCCACUUCUCCCCAAACACCUCCCCAGUGCACGCCUUUUUUUUUUUUUUUUCCUCUCUCUUUUUUCUUUUUUGGUGCUCCACAAGAGAGAUCUGCUCAGUUAUGGGAUUGCACAGUCUGGGCUGAAAGGAGGUUUCAAAUUGUUGGAGUGAAACCUUUACCCUUGGCAACUUCUGUCCGCGCAGGUGAACACAGCCCGGAGGGGAGGGUGCGGGGAAGGAGAAGGGGUAGCGGGAGCGCAGUGUUUUGUGAAUCCAGAGCGCGUUCUCAUCAGAAACCAGCCAGGAGCAACUCAAAACUAAGCGUUGAACCAAGACAAAAUUGGGGAGCUUCAUCACAGGAUUUUCUUAACCUUCUUUUUCUCCCCACCACCUUUUCCUUUUCUUUUGUCCUCUUUUUUAUAUAUACAUGUAUAUAUGUGUGUAUAUUUUCAUAUAAAUAUACAUACAUACAUACAUAUAUAUAUAUAGACACAGAAUAUUUAUUUUUUUUAUACUGUAUCAUUUUGCUUUUUGACCUGCUGGAAGGGGAAAGGAAUAAAUUUAGGAGGGAGAGGGGGUUCAAUGAAUAAACACAUACAAACAAAACAUUAAAACUUAGGGAAAAGGCAACUUCUGGUAGCAAAGAAGAGGGACACGACUCUGCCAAGGACUGUCUCUCCCACCACCAGGCACAGUUGCCGCUGCUGCUACUGCUGUUCCUCCUUCGACACCUUCCUCCCCAUCUGUCAGCUCCCUGCCACUGUGCCACCGUGCUGGGACCUUCUUCCACCAGCUGGAUCCUCCACCACACCCUGCAUUUAGAGGCAAUUGUUGUGUUGCUAGUGCUGCAUUGAUAUCAGUAUUAUUAUUUCUUUAAGUUACCAAUUUCAUUUGUUGGCUUGGGUGAUUUUUUCUAAAAAAAAAAAAAAAAAAAAAAAAAAAAGAAAAAAAGAAGACGAAGAGGAGGAAGAAAAGAGACUUAUCUUGGGUUUUAUUUCCUGUGUGUGUGUGUGUGCAAAUCACUGGCACUUAGUUCAUCUGAGCAAGACAAGGUGGAGUCAGGGCAACGGGAGACUUAAUCACGAAGCUACUGUAAACUUUAAAAAUUACUGCAAGAUAUUUUUAUAAAGUUUUGUUUUGUUUUGUUGUUUUGUUUUUGUUUGUUUUUUUGUUUGUUUUUUGUUUGUUUUUUGUUUUUGUUUGAAGGGGAGGAGGGUGGGAUUGGGUGGAUGGGGACCUUUUUUUGUGUUUCAGUUACUAGGUCUUGGUUAUUUAUAUAUACAUAUAUAUAUAUUUAAAAAAAUAAGCUGUUAGAUAUAUCUUCUGUUUAAUAACUGUGUAGAGGCAACAUGGAUUCUUAUUUAUUUUGUGGAGGAGGGCGAAAAAAGACACAGAAACCCUGUAAGUGUUCAUCUUGUGACUUUGAGAAAGAAGAAUUGCUGCCUUUUUUCCUCCUCCUCAAGAGUUACGUGACCAAGUGUAACUUAUUCUGGCCCAAGCUCAAAGGUUAAACAAACAAAAAAAACGUGGUUUUACGCGUGGAAGACAAAACACAGUGAGAAGUACUUCUUGACUGAGAUUUUAAGAAUGUAGGCUUAGCAUUAGUGUUCAGCUCUUUUAUGACCUUCGAUUGCUGCUCGUUGGGUUCCUAUGGGUGUAUGUUGUAUCGCAAGAUUAUUUUUUUUUAAUGACAAUGUUGGAUGAGUUCUUUUUUGUUGUUGUUGUCGUCGUUGUUUUUUUUCAUCAUUUUUCCCCUUCUUGGACCAGUUUUACUUGUACAUAGGUUUGAAGAUUAAAAAGAAUUUUUAAAGACACAAGUGGGGCAAAGACCUUUGACUUUGGCCCUGUUUCCCCAUUCCCCCAAAUGGGAGGGAUUUAUUUUAUUUUUUGUUUUUAUUUAUUUAUUUAUUUUCCCUAUUCUGAACCUUUUCUCUCGUAUUGCUGUGUGCAUGUCAGACACCAGGGGGUGAUGGCUGGGGAGGGGGGGAGGCAAGGGUGCAGGAGAGGGGGGCAGUUUUAAUUGCAUGACAUUGCUGUAAAUUAGUCUCUUUUGCUUUCGUUGUCUUUCCUGCCUCCACCCUCUCUCUACUUCUCCUCCAAGCUCCCCUCCCAUCACCCCCGUCCUUCUUUUCCCUCUUUUCUCUUCCCUUGUGUAUAGAUUUUGAUGCUUCUGUUACAUUGUACCUCUACAAAAGGCUGGGAUUUCAAUACAAAAUAAUAAUAAUAAUUUAAAAAUACCUAUAUCAGCAAAACCCAUGUGGUACAAGCAGGAAGGGGAUUACUUACACAAGAUAUAAGAAUAAAUGAAAGCAAUACCUCUUGUUAUCCUUCCUAUUUUGUACUUUGAAGACACACACGCGCGCACACACACAUAUACAGACACAAACUGACAUUAUUUAAUGGUUUAAAAUGGACAAAAAAAUCUGAUGUAUCCCUUGUUAAAUAACUGUGAGCAACUUUAGUUCAAAAACCAAUAAAUUCAUUCAGUAAAGAUACUAGCUGUUGAGUGUCUUGUUUAUGUCCAUGAAAAAGAACCUCCUCACACCAACGUCAAACCCGGUAAGUACCAUGUCCCUGCUUUCUGUGAGGAAGCAGAAGCAGAUGGCCGGCGUGUGAGGCAGCAUCAUCCUGGCUGUGGGAUUAACAUCUCCCCAUUAGCGUUUUGGGGCCUGCUCGUGCUGCACCCAGCGUGCCCAAGUGUCCCCGCUCAGCACGCUGUGCACAGGCAGAGUUCAGCCCCAUUGGUCUGGUUUUCACAGCAGUACAUUGAAAAAGGUGAAUCCAAAUUGAGGGAAAAUGAAAACCCCCAGAUCUGGCCCGGAAGAAAACCUCUGCACCAAAAACUGUUGCUGAUGAUGAUUGUUCUCAUCUCUAACCUGAGCUUCUCACAUUGCUUCCAGAUUUAGCAUAGGAAGGAUUUCUCCACCCUCCCUGCCUGAAACACUCUCUCAGUCAGACACAUUUGAAAAAGCUUUUCAGGUACGUCCCUGGGUUGCCUUGGGCUGUGUUGCUGGUCGGUUUGGGCAUCUGGUGGCUUGCGCCCCUCUCACAGCCUCAGGGUAUUCUCAUUAAUGCUGGAUUUGUAACUGCUGGGUUCCCCCCAGCCUGGCUGCUUGCCUUGCAGGCUCAGAGGUCGGUGGCACACACCUGAGAGAACAAGACCUCUCUGGAUGUCUCUAGCCACAGCCAUCCCCAGCACCUUGUGCUCCCCUGUCACUGCACUGGCAGCACUGCUCCAGAACAGCUCCGUGCUCUGAGGGCUCACAGGACGGGGUACCGGGGCCUGGGGAGCAGGCCUGGGGAGAGAAGGGGACACCCACACAGCAUGGCUGCUGCUGGGCAUCAGCACACGGUCGUGAGGUGAGGUGGUGCUAGGCCUGGGCUGCCGCCAUGCCUCUGAGGGCUGGGUUCCAGAAGGUUCCGGCUGCUGCGGAAGGCUGAGGAACCAAGGAACCACCGCCACCUCGGCCUGCUCAGCACGGGGUGGACAAGCACCUCCUCCAGGUCGUCCUGUGCACAUAUGGCAGCAAGAAGAGGGUGCCUGGGUGAGGCUUGGAUGUUUUCUUACAUGCUGCAGCAGAACGACCACAUGGAUCGUCUGUUGUAUGCAAAUCUGCAGGGCUUCAUUGUUCAGCCUCAUUUUAUGCUAAUGAUUGUACCUGAGCUUGUGAAAGAAGGGCAGAGUGAUUGGGGUAUUGAAUGUCUGCAGACGCAACUCAGGACAGCUGCCACGACCAACCGCUGGCUCUCCUGGAGGAAGUAUACGUCGCUGUGCUGGUAGCUGAACCAAUGCGUGCUGCUUUGCAUCCAAGCAUGGGUUCCCAGACUGCUCGGUCCUGUCGGUUCUCCUAGGGGAAGGAAAUUGUUAUGGGAAGGCUCAGGUCGGCAUGAAUGGAGAAUGAACGGGAAUUUUCAUCUGGAUUUGACAGCAUCAGCAGGAGGACGUGGUGGGGAAGCCGUGCCCUCAAACACUUCUGCAAUCUGGAAACAAGCAGCCAUCUUUCUAGCACAGGCGGUGACGGACUCAAUAUACCCUUCUCCUCCCUCCCCGGGCCUCCAUUCAACAGGAAGCAAAUGGUGGUGGCUCUUCACAGGGUAAGUUUUAGACUCCAGUGAUCUCACGCUUUUUAUUGAUAGAGAUGUGCCUGGGAAAAGAGGAGGUGGGGGGAGCAGAGAAGAGAGCAUAUAUUUUGUAGGAGCGAUAAGCAGAAAGGCUUGUGGACCCCUUGCAUGUUCACACGUUGUGACCAGGUAGAUGGGACAACUGGAGAAUCAUGCCCACUCUCAGCACGUAGCAAGCCCCUAGUUGCUACUCUAGUCAAGCCAGGAGUUGCUUCCCAUUCCAAGCUAGCAAAGGGCAAGAUGCACUCAAUGGGGGAGUUUUUGGCAGGGGGUAAGGGGCAGUCUAUGGAAAACCAAACAAAAAACCACCCCACCCCACCCCCCACCC